AAAACACCUUUUCAAGUUGAAAAACUGCGUUUAAACUCUCGAUUUUUCGUUUUUUAAAAGAUUUCUCGAUAAUUUUGAGUAUUUUAAUGUCUCUAGAAUACGUAAAAUACUUCUUCACUUCGUUUCCAUCGCCAGUAAGUGUAAAAAACCCAUAAAACCCGUCGACCUCAUACUCGUCGAGAGAGAAUCGCGGCAUUUUUUUUAUCACGUUCUGAUAGACAAUUGAAAACCCAAACAACAAAGAAGAGAGUUGAAAAACAGAUUUAUUAACGAAUGUUGUUUUCAUUUCACUUUCUCGUUUUAAAUUCCUAGUAAUAUUACCAAAAUAAUGGAGUAUUUUUAACUAAUUAACGUGUACUAAUCGUAAUCAACCAUGGUGAAGUUCAAGUUUCCGGGCAAACCCUCGAAAAUGAUAUCGAGGAGUUUGGUGAGCGCGUAUUCCGUCGUAGUACCUUCUUGCGAUACGAGCUCAAUAUCAGAGGAUUUAUGUUUUGGUUUAUCGCUAUUUCAAAGUACUUUUGGCGACGACGACAAUAAUGAACCAUUUAACGGAUUCACCAACGAAGAUAUCGACGAAGCGAAAUUUGCCAAAAGAAAUCACGAAACUUAUCUCAGAGAGAAAAUGACCGAGCAAGGAUUAUACGUACCAGCAAUCCCGUUGACUAAAAUCACCCCGAAUGAUAAUCUAAUUAUCGAAACACCUUCCAGUCGUAAGUCAAACACCAACGUCACGAAGAAGAAACUAAUCGAAUGCCCUCAGAGACAAAAAGGCAUCAAAUUAUGGCGUCAGAAACGUAUGAUGAUGAAUCGUUACCAUCCUAAAAUUCAAAUCAGGCAUAAUUUCAAGUCGUUGAAUAAAAAUAGUCUAAUGCGUUUCAAGCAUAAACCCCUAAGCGCCAAUUACCUAUCGGAUCGGUACUGUAGGAAGUUCAUAUUACCUAGUCGUAGUUUACAUUCGUCUCGAGUUAUUAAACCAAAUAAAAGAUUCAUCGAUCACGAUCGCAAUUACAAGCUGAAGACGAUAAAAGGCGCGAAAACCGAUAUGAUCGAUGAAGAACGUGAUUACAACGGUAUUAGAUCCGACGACUCGGAUACUUCUUGCGGUGGCAUGGAUAAAAAACGCGCCAAAAUCGAUCCACCUUCGAGUAAAGUUAUCAUUAGAGAAGCAAGACUGAACAUCACUUCCGAAACAACCAUCACUGGCCCAUUCUCGGCGAAAAAGUUUAUUGAUAAAGAAUCACGUUCCGGUGUCAUCACUUGUGGAAUCUGCGGUUCGGUUCGGUUUUACAAAUACAUCCUGCAGACGAGAAAAUUCGGUAUUUAUAGCUGCGAACCGUGUCGUAGAUUUAUCCUAAAAAUGAUUAAAUACUCCAAGCAACCGAAUUCCGAAAUUCUCAAGUGUAAAGCUGAAACAGGUGUUGGAAAAUGUGUUAUCUUGCCCGUUACACCGAAUCGAAGAAAAGAAUCCGAAGAUCCUUUAAAAAGUCUCAGAUGUAACGCUUGCUUGUUAAGUUUAUGUCUACAGAAGUAUAUUAUGCCCGCUUCUAUUAAAAAAUCCCUAAUACAACUGAUACCGGAGGAAGUAAAGUCGAAUUAUUUGAACGGCCUAUCACCACCGGAUCUCAAAAAACCAUACCCGAUUCUAGAUCAUCCCUUGAGUGGUAUUUGUAAACCGGUUCAACUCGAAGAAGGUCACGAUAAGCUAAGAAAACGUUUAAAUAUGCUCAACUAUCUUCGAAAUGUACGUUGCAGUAAACGUACUUUGGAUAAGGGCGACACUCGAGGCAAUAAAUCCGCCUCAUAUAUUCAUAAAAGAAAUACCUUACAUCAAAAAAUUACUACGAGAAACAAAGUGCCUCAAGAGAGUGCCCGAGUUGAAGAAAAUUUCACCGAGAAAGAACCUUAUUUACCUCGAGGUCCCAGAAUCAAGCACGUGUGCCGGAGUGCGUCAUCUGUAUUGAAAACUUCAUCGAAUGAUAAGGAAAUCGAAGAAACCCCUUGCCCCUUAUCGGAAGCAGAUUGUGCUAGAAAUUUACGUAAAAACAGCGAAACUAAACUCGCAGCAGAGAGACCUUCAUCGGUGAAAAUCCGCCAAUGCGACGAUUCUAUACCGAUCCUUUCGGAGCAAGCCAGUGAUUCAGAUUCAACCAAAGCGAACGCUCACUAUGGGGCUCGUACUUUACAAGAUUUCGGCAAAGAUUCGUCAGACGAAUCGGACGAAAACGAAGAUAAACUUAUAUCGACAGAUUUCUGGGAAGCCUACGACCCCGACGAAGUAUACAAAACCGGAUUUCCGUUAAUCAGCUCCGAGUUACUGAAUGUUCGAGCAUUAUGUUUCCUUUGCGGAAGCGCCGGAAUAGAAAAGCUGUUAUAUUGUGUAUCAUGCUGCGAACCGUAUCAUUGGUAUUGCGCCGAGGGACCUUCGGCCUUCCGUGACGAAUCGGAACUGGAGAAAUGUCGCGUCAGCUGGGUUUGCCGUAAGUGUAAAGUAUGCUCGGCAUGCGGAGAACGUGAUUCGAGAAUAUUAACCUCGUGCCAACGCUGCAAAAAUUCUUACCAUGACGAGUGCCUUACUAAUAAAGCUUUAAAUAAACGUCUGUUUAAAUCGGAUCGACCAUGGGUCUGUUCGAAUUGUUUGAAAUGUAAAAGUUGUAAUAGUACAUCGGUGUUUACUUAUGUUGGAAAUAUACCGUUAUGCUCCGAGUGCUUUAAACUUAGACAGAAGGGCAGCUUUUGCCCUUUGUGCCAGAGAUGUUAUCAAGACGAUGAUUAUAAUGUUAAAAUGAUGGAAUGUGGUAUAUGCGAAAAAUGGAUCCAUGCGAAGUGCGAGGGGAUCUCGCACGAAAAAUAUCAAAUAUUGAGCUUCCUACCGGAUACCAUAGAAUUCGUUUGUCGACUAUGCUGCAGCGUACCUCCAGCUCAAUGGUGGUUAGCAGUCGAAGACGAAUUGAAAGCCGGUUAUCUGGGUAUCCUGAAAUCUCUGUGCAAAAACAAGAAAGUCAGCGACCUGUUUAAAGAAAGUCCUCGCAAAAAUAUUUGUCGUUGUGCGACCACGACAGCGAACAAAUUAACCAAGAAACCUCGCUCGUUCAGCAUAUCCGAUGCAGAUUCGAUAUCAAUAGAUUCCGGCAUGGAGAUUGAUUCUUCGUCUUCGGCGUCCGAGAUGACAAAAACGAGCGAAUCUUCAUCAUCAGUUGGUGGCAGUGGCGAUAAAAACGACGAUAGCGACGCAGACGACGGUUUGAAAAGCGUCGAUUGCGAAGGUCGCAGUGUCACAGACUCAGCGACCGAUGGUGGAGAAUGGCAGCAGCAAAAAUGCAGCUACUGCUGCUACAAUUCCGAAACCAGGAAUAAAAUCAACAACGACUUGUUAUCGAUUAAAGCGAAAGUACACAACAAUCAGUACAGCUCGUUGUUGAAUUUCCAUCAAGAAUUAAUCAGCGUUAUAGACGAAGUCGAAGAAUUGGAUUUAAUUCAAACGUAUCGCGACUCGUUGAAAAAAUUCUUCCCCUGGUUCGAUCCAAAUUCACCCGAAUUAAACGACGACGAAACCGAAAACGCAGAUUUCGCCGAGUUGUCGUCUACCUGCAACUCCACUCUGGGUGAAAGUGGCACCUCAUCGAUUCGCUGCAACGAUUCUACCGUCAUCGAAUCUGCAUCAACGACCGAAGCUGAAGAAAAAGAAUACGAUAACUUACGAAAACUUAUGUUCGCCGACGAAUACAACUACGAUAAUUUCAAAAUGCUAGACUUACGUAAAUGUAACCUCUGCAAAGGUACCGGCGAAGCGAUACCUUCCGAGGGAGGACGUCUCAUAUACUGCGGUCGAAACGAAUGGGUUCAUUCAAAUUGCGCUUUAUGGUCAUCCGAAGUAUUCGAAGAAAUCGACGGAUCGCUGCAAAAUAUCCAUAGCGCUAUCAGUCGCGGUCGCCAGAUACGUUGCUCGGUUUGCGAUAAAAAAGGAGCCAGUGUCGGUUGUUGUUAUAAAAACUGCACACUAACGUAUCAUUUUUUAUGCGCCAAGAAAGCCUCUUGCGUAUUUCUGCAAAAUCGUACUAUUUAUUGUCAAAAUCACGACACGAACGAAGUCACGUUACCUUUCCUGACGACUGAAAAGGAUUUCGAGAUACUUAGACCGGUGUAUAUCGAAACAGAUAGGAAGAAAAAGAAGCUCGAAUGUCAUUCCAGCGUCAAGCUGAGAAUCGGAUCGUUGCAUGUUGAAAAUUUGGGCAAAAUUGAUCCUCAUUUGUCGGAUAAUCCCAAGUAUAUAUUGCCUAUUUAUUACCGAUGCACGAGGUUAUUCUGGUCGACGACUAAGCCUUGGAAGAUUGUACAGUAUCAUAUACAGAUCAAGCUCAGGUACUGUUAUCAACCCAAUGGAUGCGAUUCGGAGAUUAAUUAUACGGUCGAUCAUUCGCAAUCUAAAGAUGGAUCAAUGCGUGAUACGACCUCAGUCGAAGCCAGCACGUCCGAUAGCGAUAAUGAAAUAGUAAAACAUCUCGUCAACGAACUAGUAAACAAAAUAGCCAGCAGCAAAGAAGACUAUUCGACAACGUUCAUCAGCUCUCAAGCAGGCGGUGGUGAUAUUCUCUCUCCCGAAUUACAAGAGGCCAUUUACAAAGACUUGCCAAACGAUUUACUGAACGAUAGAACCCUGCACGAUAUUUGGACCAAUUACGACGAUGCUCUAGACGAAAGUGAUCCAACCACUGAUCAGUCCAACGAUAGAAAUACCACAGGUCCAUCGAUACAUCCUCCAACUUUGAUCACUGGUAAAAAGCCACCUCACAUUGUUCGCGCCUUGGCCAAUUUAGCUAAUCGAGCCGCUGCUGAGGAUAAAAAAGAUAACCAAAGAACCAAAAAAGUCGACUCGUCGAACUCGCUCAAUAAAGUAAGCACCGGUGGUAAAUUAGCUUCGGUAGCCAGACAUCGUCUGAAAUCACCAGACGAUGGUCGAAGUAGCUCGAAGAAUAGCAAGUAUUUACGUGACAAGAAUAUCUGCGAAGCUGAAACAGCCUCCGUUGUGGCCAAAAAGACCACUCUGCAUCAAAGCACCAGCGAGACGACUUUGGGAAGUACGUUGUUUUAUAACGAACUGUGUAACAAAGUCAAGAGGAAGAUUGAUUUCGAAAAUUCGUCGAUGAUGGCGGCGAAUACCAGUUUGACCAACUCGAAGAAGAAACAUUACGACGUGACGCCGAUCGAUUUUUACCACGAGGCAGCCGAGAGAACGUUCAAACCAACUUAUGUUCAGUCUUACGAGAGCAUCCUGCAGUUGGAUGGAAUGGUGGACAUCUCGGACGAAGAACCGGUCAAAUGUAUCCGUUGUCAUCGAACGUAUCGUACUAGUUUCAGUUUCGAACGUCAUUUGGACGUGUGCAACUCGGAUGAUUUCAACGACUACAUGAUAUCGUCUUGCGAAAGCGACACGUCCUCCGAGGAGGAGAAAAUCGCCGCUGCCGAAUCUGCUCCUACGAUGGUAGCCAAUGUAUACGACUCGAUGGGCCAACAGCACAAGUACAUGUUCACUAUGGACGACCAUCAAAGCAGUCCGGCCAGCAUUCAGUACGCUACAGCUGCAACCAACGUCUGUAGCAUGGCAGCUGCUCAAAAUACCGUGUAUUCGUUCGCCGGAACGAUGCAACAGAAUCAUAUUCAGGCUCAGCAACAGCAGCAUGUCGGUAUCGCUCCGCAGGCUGCUUAUAUUCAGAAACAGGAAUGCAUCACGGUUACCUCGCAACCUCCUCAGCAGCAGUUGAUCCACCAAGACGCGGGAAUUAAGUUCAACGUGAUCGGCGUCGACGACGAACUCAAACAAGAAAUGUACAAUUCCGCCGCAUUGAAUGGUAUCUCAGGCGCGGUCGUCGCCCAGCCAGUGAGCACCCAAUCGUACCAAAUGGCCACGAAUAUGGCUCAACCCACCUACGUCAUACAAUCGUUCCCCAAACAAGAGAUGAUACCUACCUACGUAGCUGUAGAUAAUUCAAUCACAGAAUGCAUACAACCGCAACCGCAACUACAACUGCAUCAACCCCAGAUGAACUUCCAGCCUGUUAUACCUACGAUACUGGGCACAGUGAUGCAACCCAGUGUCAUCGAAACGCCUACUUAUAUUAUCAACACGGCGCCUACUUCGAACGGAGCUGAGUUAUUUGCACCUCAGGGUAAUAUAAUUUUGCCAAAUCAACCGACAACUAUGUUGUUCGGCAUGGAAACGGUGGUCAGCAACACGGUCAUGUCGUCUAGUCAGUUUAUGUCUUCGGAGUCUCAUCUUGCCGGUAACAUGGGGUCGUCUACGAUGUACCAGACGACUACAACUCAAGUUUUCCAAGCUGCGAAGCAAAUGCCUCCUCCUCAACCUAUUCCGGCGUCUGGGUUUAUCGUUGUGAAUUCGCCUAUUCAACAGAUGUCGAUGCAGCAGCAGACAGCGAUGCAGAAACCGGUUCAGAUUCAGACUACGUCUGGAACAGCAGUGCCGGAAAAAUACAUGUACGUGCAGGUGAACCCUCAAAACAUGGCCAACUUCAAAGCAGCCGAAAAACCCAAACCGAUAAUCACGAAAACCAACAAAAACAACAUUAUACCAAAGGAUAAACCUACCAAAGUGCUAAAAAUCAAGAACAACAAACCGGUGAUCACGCAGAAAUUCGUCACACCCGCGCAGCCACCUCUUGCCCCUUCUGUAUUCCCAAACCAGCCUACUCUGGCUCCUCAAACUUACCAAAUUGAGAAACCUGUAACACCAGCAGUGAAAAACGGCUACGUAGCAUCCGCCAUCAAUGGUCGAAAUUUUCGAUUAAAUAAUGCAAAUGCCAUUUCGACGAACCAGAAUCACCACGUGCCCGUCAGCGUUACGAUGCCCAUGCCCAAUGCUGCCAUAUCACCUCGUAAAUACACCCAGCAGCCAGUACCUGUAGCUCAAGUGGUUCCAAGACAGAAUCCGAUGUUGGCUCAAAAGAAGGUAGCCGUUCAAGAAACAGCUACGAAUACAAAUUCGCCUAAAUUGCUCAGUCCGAAGGUGGAUAGUCCGAAUUUUGCUGGAAAGUGUGUGAUUUCUUCGCCAAAAGUGAUCAAUCCGAAGGUCGACAAGUGCAUAAAUACGGAUAACGAGCCUGGUAUUUGUAAGCCCCUACCAGUAGCUGCAAAUCGAGUUUCUACAGCUUGUGCUGGUACGAAUACAGUCUCAUUAUCGCCUAGCCAAAGAACCAUACAGAUUAGUUACACUAUCGAUGAUAAAAGCCAACAAACCACCGAUGUAGACGGAAAUACUACGGCAGCUAAAUCAUGGCAGUUGAAUAUACCUGUGGAAGAGCCUGCUGUUCGACAGAGUGUUCCGAAAAUUGAACCGCAGCCUAAUCUGAUACCCAAAGUUACUCCCAAACCAGCUACCGUUCCUGUUCCUCAGAUUAAUAAUAAGGUAUCCCAACAUAGUAUGCCUCGGUUGGAUUUCUUCUCCGAUGCUGCCAUCACCAAAAAGAUCACUUUGCCGAACCAUACAAAGACAAAGAUUGAAAUAAAAAGCGAAUCCGAGCAAUUAUUCGACGAAUUGUUACGUCAGCAUAUGCUCAGCAUGGAAAACAUCCCCACUCCCAAUGUCGACGACGUCAAACCUAAAUCCGAAUCGAAUCAAGCGUCGUCUCCGGCCAUCAGUCCAGUACCUCAACCACAACCUAACCCACCCAAACCAAAACCGAUAAGCAAACCGUUACCAAGAAUUAGAUACAAACCUCAAUUGAACAUCGAAGCUGCAAAAACACCGUCUAGUCCUGCCCUUCAGCCAGAAGAUCCAUCUUCGCUGAAAUUAAUAAACGGUAAAAAGAAAGUCAUCCUAGAGAAAGAGAAUCUCAACAAAUUGCAACAUCUCGUCAACGAAACGUCAACUGAGGGCAACAAGAAUUGGAAAACUGCGUCGAUUUCAUUCGAGGUGAACGCCGAAGAUGGAUUCACCUAUAAAACGAACGACCUGAAAGAUUUAUGGAAUAAGAUCAUCGAAUCGGUUCAGAAAAGCAGAGCCAAGUAUAAAUUACCCUUGUUGCCGAAGAACGCAAUGGUGAACGCGGAUUCGAUCUACGGGUUGUUGGGAUUCGAAAACAACGCUUCCAAGUAUUUGCUGGAACAGCUGCCGGAUGCGUGGAAAUGCAUAUUCUACAAACCAGUUUUCCAUAAGUCGCCGUUGCAGAAUUGUACUAAAUCGUCUCCGAUGAAGAACGAGUCCGGAUGUGCCAGAACGGAGCCUUUCAAUAGUUCGCAUAAGUACGAUAUGUUCGGAUGGCUGGCCUCCAGACACAGGAAACCUCCCAAGUUCAUGAUGAUCUCUGAUGCGGAUAUCGUUAAUGGAAAUAGGAGAGUGACCAGUUUAAAUUUACCUAUGGCAAUGAGGUUCCGUCAUCUCAAAGAGACUGCAAAAGAAACUGUCGGCGUAUUCAGAUCUGAUAUCCAUGGCAGAGGGUUGUUCUGUCUGCGUGACAUUGAUCCUGGUGAAAUGGUCAUCGAGUAUGCUGGAGAAGUUAUCCGGUCAACUUUAACCGACAAAAGAGAAAAAUACUACACGUCCAAAGGAAUAGGCUGCUACAUGUUCAGAAUCGACGAUAAAUACGUCGUAGAUGCCACCAUGUGCGGUAAUGCUGCCAGAUUCAUCAAUCAUUCUUGCGAACCCAAUUGUUACUCCAGAAUAGUAGAUAUCCUGGGUAAAAAGCACAUCUUGAUAUUCGCCUUGAAGAAAAUCCCCAAAGGCGAAGAGCUCACUUACGAUUACAAAUUCCCGUUAGAAGACGAUAAAAUAUAUUGCCAUUGUUUGUCUCGCAAAUGUCGUAAAUACUUGAAUUAAUCAUCAUCGACGAUACGACGAUUCGACGUAGACUACUAGUGUAGCUUAUUCACUCAAAAUGCUUGCUAUAUUGAAUGAAAAGUUACCAUUUUCAUGUCGCCAUAUUGUUUUUAUUUUUACCUACUUUUUUCCCCCCAAUGCAACUUUUUUCUUCCUUUAUUAUUAUUAUUAUUAUUUUUAUUUAUUCGAUAGUUACGCUUUGUUUUAACUCGGUCUAAUUCCCCAUGCCCGGAUCCUAAAGAGGGGUUUGACAACUUCCUAGUCUUGGAACUUAUAUUUUUACGGAAGUUUUUUAACUUUUGAUUUUAUUUUUAUUCUUUAUUUAUUUUCUUGAUUUUUUUAUAAGUAUAGUUUCGAGUGUGUUUGUUUUUAUGUGUUUGUGUGUGUGUGAGCGACUUGACUUUAAAAUAUUAUUGUAAAAGUUUCACAAAACUGUGAUUUUAUUUCGAAGCAGUGUAGAGUAAAGUUUCAGGGUAGUUUUUUCCUCGUUUUAAAGUAGAUAAUUUUUAAGUUUUGUUUUUUUUUAUAUAUGUGUUUAAUUUGGUCUUAUUACGUACGUAUCUUCGAGAUUCGUAUGAAUCAUCAUAGAUGAUCAUAAUAAUAUUAUCGUGUAUGUGUUUAUCGUGUUUUUUCUUUAAUGAAAUAAAAAUUCAUUUAUCGUGUUAGACUUUUAUCAUAAUACGCGCCCGAAUCACUGUAAAAUGUAUUUUUAAGACUGUUGUUGAUUUUCGACUUAUUUUUAAGCGUAAUUUUGUUACCAAAAUUUUUGAAAUGAAUUAUCACACUUGGCAUUAUAACUAUGUAGAAACCCCUACGGUUAUUCUUCGCAAGAAUAACACUGUAUCGUGUAUUUCGAAUUACCCACGAGUAUAAAAAAGUACAGCAUUUUGUUUGUACUCGUUUGUGAUUUGAGAAUUUUUUUUUUCUUUCUAAUAACGAUGAGAAUUUUUUUUAACUGUGAUAUUCUCUGUAAAUAGUAAUAUUUUUUCAUUUUUUAAUCACGCCGGCGUGUUUUGAGAUUAAAUUCAGGGAACGAUGAGAACGAUGAAAAGUAGAUUUAUUUUUCUUUCACUUUGUCUUUUUACGUGUUACUAAUUAUUGUACUACUACUUGAUUUUAAUUCGUCAUUAUUUUUAUUGAAUUUUGUGUGUUAGUUAUUAAGCGAAUCAUACUUUUUUUUUCCUUUUUUUUCGUUUAUUUGUAUUUUUUAUCGAAAAGAUAGCCUUCGUUAGAAUUUGUAAUUACUAAUAAAAAAUCAUUACGUUACCCUAAAAUUAUAAAAGAUUUAUUAUUUAUAAUUUUAUUUUUUUUUGUAACGGAUAAUAAAUUUUUGCGUUGAAUAAAUUUUAAAUUUUA